GAACCUCAAUCCGAUCGCGAACUUGCAAGGAAUUGGGAGAAUGAGCAAGUGAGGCAAGUUCAUUUCCAUCAGCAGACAUUUCUUGGACAUGGGUCUAUACAUGGGUCUUCUAUACAUGGGUCUAUACAUGGGACUGUAAACGGGACUAUAACCGGUGGAACGUUCGUUGCCGGAUCAAAAAGAGAGCAGGAAGGGGAUGAGCGUAAUGAUAAAACUAAAAGGACGAAGAUAGACGAUUUUUUUUUUCCGGUGAUUCAUUCCUCACCUAACGUUACUUUAGAGCCACAGGGUCAUAAGAAUGAUUGUCCCGAAGAAGAUUUAGAAGAGAAUCUUUUACAAGAAACCCCUGAAGCUGUUUUUGAUCGUAAAUUAAUUAUUAACAAUAUAUGCAUCCGGUCGGCAAUUGAGAAAUGGCGCGAAUCGUCAAAAUAUGUCGAAGAAAUACAUAAGCAGGACUUAAUGCGCUACAAUAUUAUUGAUACGACCAGCUCAUCUGCGACGGAAGCACGAAAGCUCUUCAAGGAGCACUGGGACAAUGUCAUCAGCACUAUAGAAAGAUUUUUGACGUCAAAUACGGAACAAGACACUUAUCAAGAUACGGAACAUGAUGGGAAGGCAAAAGAAGUAGAGCAGUAUUUAACAAAAAUUUCAAAAAAUGUGAAUAAUGCAAAGAAGUUGCGUGAAGUUGUCAAGAGAGAGCGUGCAAAGUUGCGAACAAAUGAUAAUAUUAAAUGGAAGAGGCGGGCAUUAGAGUUGAUGAAGAUCUUUCGGGACCAGUUUCCAAACGGCAGGAAUCACCUCAAAGAUGAUCAGACCGAAUAUAAUUAUAUAGUUAAGUUUGUGUCCCGCAUCUAUACCAUGCUAUUCAAAGAUAAGUCGUUUCUGGACUGUAAUUGGGGUGAAAAGACUUUGCGUUGUUCCGCCAUUUUGCUCAACCAGUCACUAAAAGAUGAUGAUAGACGAUGUUCUGGUAACAAAAUUGAUGCAAUAAUAUCAAUUUUGGAGCUGGACCUAGAGUUCUCAACCUUAGAGGUCUCAGGAUCUCCCUCAUGUCUUGACCAUACUCAUUACGUUGGGGAUAGGAACAAAACCGCCAAGAUGCUUAAAAUUAUCCUGAAUUUUAUCAAGACCAAUUAUCAAGGCGACUUCGAAAAAUUUAGAAGGAUAAAGGUGUUUGGCGUUCAGAUGUAUGAUCACAACUUUUACGUCUAUAGCAUGUGUAUGCCCUUCUCAGGUGUUUAUUAUUUUAAACAGGAAAGUAAAUUCUCUUAUCCAACGAUAACGUUUUUGGUAUUCAAGGAUUUACCAAUAUUUGCCUCGAACUUGUGGAUCAUGCGGAAUAUGAUUAUUUCAAGUACUGAGAAUAUAUUGGCUUACGUUACAAGUGCUCCUACCGAAUUUGAGGGUGUUGUUGGACGCGAUCUAUUAGGAGAAGAAAAUGCUCGAGGGGUUCUCGAUGACUGUGAUCUUCUCGGUGUAUUAGGUGAUGAUGAUAGCGUUACUGUAUUGGGAUGCUGUUGUGCUCCUAGAAACAAUAAAACAUUUUUUA